CCGCUGCUGAGGUGUUGUACGGGGAGAAAGAAGGUUGUAGUGACAAUGAGUGUGAAGGAAAAAAAUGUUGAGUUCGGGGAUGUGGAUAAGUACGAGUAUGUACCCCCUGAGGGUGGAUGGGGGUAUAUGGUGUGCAUCGGACUGUCUGUUAUAUUUAUUGCAGGCACAGCCCACCAGCCAGUAUUCGGCUUCAUAUAUAACGACUUUUUAGACGAAUUGGGAGUAGGCACAGCGGCAGUAACUUUAGUUUUCGGUGUAUUUCAAGUCACAUUAGCUAUUGCUGGAUUCUCAGCAAACAUAGCGUUAAAGAAACUAUCAUUAAGACAAGUGGGUCUAAUAGGGGCCUUCAUAUACACACUAGCGUCAUUCCUAGCCAUAUUCGUAGUAUCUACGACACAGCUGAUCAUAACAAAUGGCUUCCUACACGGCCUGGGCAUGGGGCUACUCAUACCUGUCUCCUACACAAGCUUCAACAGCUACUUCACAAAGAAAAAAGUGCUCUAUCUCAGUCUAUGUAAGGCUUCUAUUGGAAUGAUAACGAUGUUCUACCCGUUGUUUAUCAAGUUCACGAUAACUGAGUACGGGUUUAGGGGGACUCUAGCGAUUCUUUGUGCAAUAUCAGCACAUAGUAUAUUUGGAGCUUUGGUCAUGCACCCUGUGAAAUGGCACAUGGUGAAGCAACCAAAACCCUGCGAGAAAAUUGUUUUAAUACCACCAACACCAGCCAAAGAAGAUAACAAAGACAAAUUCGAUUUCACGAAAACGCUACCAAAAAUCGAUUCAUCAGAAAACGCGAGAUCUGUCGAGAAUCUGUACCGAAUCAAUCGAUUAGAAAAUCCUCAGAAAGGAGCAGAAUUACUAUUUGUGUCGAAAUUAAGCGAUUCCAGGCGAUUGAGCAUACCAGUUGUCUUGAUCCCGGCAGACGGGAAGAUAGAUAGUAAAUUCGAUUCGAGCGAUCAUGUGUAUCGAGAGAAUUUGUACAAGGCCGCUUCGGUAUCGAGUUUGGGUAACUUCGGGAAUAUUGCUGCGGAACCUAUGCCGAUUAUAAAAAAUAAGGAAGGGAAAUGGCAAACCGUAGCGGAAUUUCUGGAUUUAUCCCUUCUAAAGGACUUAGUCUACGUUAAUAUUAUAUUUGGACUGGCAUUAACUUUCUUUUCUGACCUCACAUUUUUUACUCUGGAACCAUUAUUUUUGGACAAAAAACAUCUAAGCAAGGCCGAGAUAGCGAAUAUAAUUGCGGUGGGUGGCGCUAUGGAUAUGUCAGCGCGACUCUUCCUGGGCGUGGCGGGACAAUUCUUCAGGAUGAACAGUCGCUAUAUGUUCUUCUGCGGCGCCUUUUUCACGGCACUGUUUAGAUUUAUAUUCAUCCAAUUCAGCACCUACACACCACUGCUCAUCCUUACCGGUAUACUGGGUUCCUUGAGGUCACUGGUCCAUAUAGCCCAGCCCAUAGUGGUUGCCGAGCACGUACCCAUAGAGAGGUAUCCACCAGCGUAUGGGUUAUACAUGCUGUUGGCCGGAGGGAUCAGUUUGAGUGUUGGACCUAUGAUAGGUUUCGUCCGAGAUUACACGGGCAGUUAUGCCAUAGCCUUCAACAUGAUAACUAUGUGCAAUCUCUUCUGCGUCAUUCCCUGGGCAAUUGAAGCCAUCGCCAAGUACAGAAAAAACAAGAACUCAACCAACGCAUUAAAGACAUGAACCUUUAAGUUAUCAGCUUUAAUCAUUCGAGUUCGACCUUUUCUUUAAAGGAUUUGAACCCACCGUGUAUCGAUACUGAGGUAAUGGCGGGUCCAUACUACACCAACUUCACAUAGACUUUCAUAGAAUUUAGUCUGAGCAACAAAUCGGUGCGUACAAAAGUCUGAGCCAAUGAUAAGUCUGCACAAGCAUCUUGUCAUCAUAUUUUCACUCAGACUUCAGAUGUUUACACAGAUUUUACAUUUUCACUUUAAGUUCGUACGGAUAUUUGUGCAAACUUGAACCUCGGUAUCGUGUGGACCCCACCUUAAUAUUCGAUUUCCAAAUAUAUUGACUUGUAUCAGGUCCUUUUAGAACAUCCCUAGUGAAAGUAUUUAAUAAUUUUAGAUGUCAUGAAGAAGUAUUUAAACGUUAUUUUUUAGGAAGUAGUUGUUUGAUCAAAGAUUAGCUAAAAGCGGUGAAUCGAGUUGUAAAUAUUUUCUAAUGUUACAGAUACUCAUUGUUAUAAGACGUGUAUUGAGUCUGUUGAACAUUUUAGUUUAUAAGUUUAGAUAUAGAACUUACUAUUAAAAAAACAAGUUGCCAUAUUGGUCGCUAAUUGAAAAGACCUGCAUUUGGCUUUUAUUGAAGAUUUUAAAAUCAAUGAAAGCACUAGUUAAGAUAUGACUAAUUAUAAGUCUUAGGCAAAUAUGUACUUAGUUGCUAUUUCUGAAGGCUUUUUACGUCGUAGUUUUAGUUAUUAAUCAGUCAAAAUAAUUUGUAGCAAUAAGACCUAUUUUAGUUGUAAUUAAAGCCACAAAAUUAAUAUAUUCAAUGAGAGGCCUACGUUCAAUAGUAAGUACUAAUAAGUAAUUAGUUUAAUUUACCUACCUAUUUUUUAAGUGUACAUAAUGUAUUAUAUUUUAAUUCCUACUAAUAUUAUGAUUGUAAAAAUAAAAUAGUCUGUAAGUUUGUUGUGCUUUAUGCAGGUAGUAGUUAGAUCCUAAAAAAAGUCAUAUUAUAAACCUUUGAUAUAGGUACGAAUGCGACACGUGGUUUUUUGGGAUGCAAGUGAAACCGUGAGGAAGAGUUGGUUAGCUAUAAAUAUGCCUUUAAUCUUGCCACUAUUGUUGUUCAGGCCUCUCCAAAGUCAAAAGGCCAUAGUCUAUCACACGGUCCCAGUUAAUUAUUGGUAGACUGUCAUUUAGCUGUACUAUGUCAAAGUAUAUAUUUUAGUCUGUACCUUUGAUUGUGCUGUGAAGAUUAAAAUCACUGGGACCUGUGAAUAUUGUACAUUGAAAUAUAUAAUGGCUGUGUCAUAGUGAAACUGUUGAUGAAUUAAAUAGUUUUUUUACACUAA